GGCCAGGGCAGCCAUGGCAGCAGCACUAAUCUGGAUUCUUCUCCUUGUGGGGCUGGGGGACACAGACACCCAGCAGACCACCCUUCAGCCUCUGGUGGGCCGCGUCUUUGUACACACCUUGAACCAGGAAGCCUUCCCGAGUCUGCCUGAGCACUUCGAUGUCCCGCCCACCGUCCCUAUCACCUACCACGCCCACCUCCAGGGACACCCAGACCUGCCUCGGUGGCUCCGCUACACCCAGCGCAGCCCCCACCACCCUGGCUUCCUCUACGGCACCCCCACCCCAGAAGAUCGUGGGCGCCAGGUCAUCGAGGUCGUAGCCUACAAUCGGGACACCUUUGACACCACCCGGCAGAGGCUGGUGCUGUUGAUUGGGGACCCAGAAGGACCCCUGCUGCCUUACCAGGCGGAGUUCCUAGUCCGCAGCCACGAUGUGGAGGAGGUGCUGCCCUCGACGCCCGCCAGUCGCUUCCUCACAGCCUUGAGAGGGCUCUGGGAGUCAGGGGAGCUCCAGCUUCUCAACAUCACUUCUGCCUUGGACCGUGGGGGUCGCGUCCCCCUUCCCAUCGAGGGUCGCAAGGAAGGGGUUUACAUCAAGGUGGGCUCUGCCUCACCCUUCUCCACCUGCCUGAAGAUGGUGGCAUCUCCCGACAGUCACGCUCGCUGUGCCCAGGGCCAGCCUCCGCUUCUGUCCUGCUACGACACCUUGGCACCUCACUUUCGCGUAGACUGGUGCAAUGUGUCCCUGGUGGAUAAGUCAGUCCCGGAGCCUGCAGACGAGGUGCCCACCCCCGGCGAUGGGAUCCUGGAGCAUGACCCGUUCUUCUGCCCACCCACUGAGGCCACGGCCCGAGACUUCCUCACUGAUGCGCUGGUCACCCUCCUGGUGCCACUGCUGGUGGCUCUGCUGCUCACGGUGCUGCUGGCCUACAUCAUGUGCUGCCGGCGGGAGGGACGGCUGAAGAGAGACCUGGCCACUUCUGACAUCCAGAUGGUCCACCACUGCACAAUCCGCGGGAACACGGAGGAGCUCCGGCAGAUGGCCUCCAGCCGAGAGGUGCCCCGGCCGCUUUCCACGCUGCCCAUGUUCAACGUGCGCACGGGCGAGCGGCUGCCGCCCCAGGUGGACAGCGCCCAGGUGCCCCUCAUCCUGGACCAGCGCUGAGGGCACACCCAGACCAGGCGUCAUCCUUUCUCUCCCGAUGCACAGAGCAGCUGGCCCACGGCCACAUCCUUCCUCCUGAUUCCGGCUCCUGGCCUCACAGCUCCCAGGCUUGGAAUGAGCAGAGAGACGGCAGCGGGGAGGUGAGGGCGUCUUAGGUCACAACCUCCCUGAAAUAAAGAGCUGCUGCGCUGCUCACCUA